CACACUCACGCAAGCAUCUACGGAGUAACACGCAUUUGCUUAGCUCAAGAAAUGGCCAAGGGAGCGAUGAUGCUUCUUGUGCUCUUCACGGUGCUGUCAGCGGUGACCGAGGCCCAGCUGCAGCACGGGCCCGGUCACAGUACCUUGGCCCGCAGGCAUCGCCAGUCCGCCGACCCAGAGGCACCGCCAACACACCUCCACUUCUACUUCCACGACACCGUGAGCGGCGCGUCCCCGUCGGCGGUGCGGGUGGCGGGUCCGGCGGACCCAUCGUCGGGGACCUUUUUCGGGAUGGUGACCGUGAUGGACGACCCGCUGACAGAAGGCCCGGAGCCCGGCUCGGCGGCCGUGGGCCGCGCCCAGGGCCUGUACAUGGGGGCGGACCAGGCGGAGUUGGGUUUCCUGCAGACCAUGAACCUCGUGCUCACCUCCGGCCCCUACAACGGCAGCACGCUCGCCGUGCUCGGCCGCAACUGCCCGCUCACCGACGUUCGCGAGAUGCCCGUCGUCGGUGGCACCGGCGCCUUCCGCUUCGCCCGCGGGUACGCACAGGCCCGAACCCACUGGCUCGACUUCAUGACUGGCGACGCCACCGUCGAAUACGACGUCUACGUCAUGCACUAGCACGCAAGUGGAUUAAUGGCUUUCAAUGUGAUAUGCUUGAGAAAUGCAAAAGCCUUGUAUUUUGAACUUUUUAUGCAUUUAUGUGUAAGAUCGAAGAAGGACAACAUCCGGUGAUUACAAUGCCGCUUCUCUAACCGGUACAGAUUGCCAUCGCCGGAAGCAACACCACGAAGCCUCUUGCUUUGUCAUGGUUUGUUCAGAAACUAAUAAUUCUAAGUAUUGUGGAGAAACCGACUUGUUACA